AUGGUCGCAAACGCGAAGAAGCAGACGUCCCCGACAUUUGCUGCAAAAUUGGAAGUAAUCCAGUGCGUUGAGAAUGGCGAAAAGUCAAAUGUCGCCAAAGCUAUCGACCCACCAAGAAACAUUUUCAGGGCUCCACUGAAAAACAAGAGCGACAUAAAGGCCAAGGCAGGACUAAAUCAGCACUCAGGCACGCAACGUGUGCACAAAGCUGCUUUUGAAGACGUUGAAAAGUUGCUGCACAAAUGGUUCAUCGAUGCCAGGGCCCGGAAUAUUCCUUCAUUUGGACCGAUGCCGCUGCAGAAGGCCAAGAACUUUGCAUUCAUCCUCGGCGCCGAGAACUUCAAUGCCAGUAGCAGUUUGCUGCAACGUUUUAAGGCCCACUUUAACAUUGUCGGGAAGACAGCCUCAGGGGAAAGUGAGGACACCAAUGAAGGGGAGAUCAAGAAGUGGCUUGAACAUGAGUGGUCCCAGGUUCUUGCCAAGUAUGAGCCGAACCAGAUAUUUAAUGCAGACGAAACAGGCCUGUUCUGGAAGAUGCUUCCGCGACAGCGCUUGACGCCUGCGGGGACAAGUGCCACAUCGGCAAGCAAGGCAAGGCUCAUAUAA